CUUGCUAAAAUAAUUUAGGGUUUCAAAUCAGUAGCGUUACUGCACAAAUUUGGUGUAAGGGUUUUGUUGAGGACUCUGGUUUUAAGGAAAGAAACCUUGGCUUGGAGACCCAGAAGCCCUUUGUCUUCUUCUGAAGCUUCUUCACCAUGGUGACUCAAAUAAGCAAGAAGAGAAAGUUUGUUGCAGAUGGCGUAUUCUUUGCUGAGCUUAAUGAAGUCCUCACCAGAGAAUUGGCAGAGGAUGGGUACUCAGGUGUGGAAGUUAGGGUUACACCUAUGCGCACUGAGAUCAUCAUUAGGGCAACCAGGACCCAGAAUGUGCUUGGGGAGAAGGGUAGAAGGAUUAGGGAGUUGACAUCUGUGGUUCAAAAAAGGUUUAAUUUUCCUGAGAACAGUGUGGAAUUGUACGCUGAGAAGGUGAACAAUAGAGGCCUAUGUGCUAUUGCACAAGCUGAGUCUCUGCGCUAUAAGCUCCUCGGAGGUCUAGCAGUUAGGCGGGCUUGUUAUGGUGUUCUUCGUUUUAUCAUGGAGAGUGGUGCUAAAGGAUGUGAGGUUAUUGUAAGUGGGAAACUCAGGGCACAGCGUGCAAAGUCCAUGAAGUUCAAGGAUGGGUACAUGAUCUCUUCGGGCCAGCCAGUUAAUGAAUACAUUGACUCAGCUGUGAGGCAUGUCUUGCUAAGACAGGGUGUUCUUGGAAUCAAGGUGAAGAUCAUGCUGGAUUGGGAUCCAAAGGGCAAACAAGGUCCAACAACACCUCUUCCUGAUCUGGUCACUAUACAUACCCCAAAGGAGGAGGAGGAAUACGCAAGGCCACCUCUUAUGGUCACAGAAACCGAGGCUAUGGCAUAAGGCCGUCUCUUCUCAACUUCUGUUUUCUUGUUGGAUUUUCCCCAAGUGGUCUUGGUUUUGUUUGCUUCCUUCUUCCUUUUUAGAGUUCUUGUUAAACUUUACUCGUUUUAGUAGGAGGAAAUUAUUUGAGUGUUCAGUUUCUAUGUAUUUUGAUGGCCUUCACUAUUGGUAUUUUUUGACGAUUUAAUGCCCAUAAGGUUUCAGAAUUAACUUCCAGCACUAGUAUGUGUUAUCAUAAAUCAUAGUCCUAUAUUACUCAAUAUUGUUUGAGAAUAACAGAGACCUUAAAUGA